AUGCCUCUGAGCUGCAACAUUACAAGAGUAGAGGAGUUGAUCUGUGGCUUUCGAUGGAGGAUACCACUUGUGUUUAGGACCUUUAACCGGAAGGAGGCAGAGGAAAUUCUGGAGAUUCCUAUUAGUAUAUCAGGAAAGGAUGAUAGCAAUUACUGGAUACAUAGCGGCAAUGACAUCUACACUGUCAACUCAGGUUACAAGGCAUUGUGUCAAGGAACUGUUCAACACAAAGGAAGAAGAGAGAAUGAGGCGGAAACUAGUAUAGCAAGUUCCUAUGAAAAGCAAUGGAAGUGGAUGUGGAGGCUGAACGUUAAGAGCAAGAUCAAACAUUUCCUUUGGAAGUGCCUACAUGGUUUAUUACCAGUCAACAGCCUGGUUUUUAAAAGAACACACAAAGGUGAUCCAAUCUGCGGUGGCUGUGGUGAACAAGAAGAGUCAAUCGAACACAUGUUUUUCCAAUACAGCAAAGCACAAGAGGUGUGGAAAAUGGCUCCAUUGCAAUGGGAUGGGUUAAGGGAACAGACAGGGAAUUUUCAAGCUUGGUGGACUGCUCUUCUGGAAGCUACAUGCAGGACAGAAGGAAAGGAGCAUAUAGAGCUCACUGUGAACAUCCUCUGGCAACUCUGGAAAAGGAGAAAUGAAUGGCAGUUCAAUGCCAAACACAGGCACCCUUGGAAAACAAUCCAAAAGGCUCAACAGGAAUGGCAAGAACUAAAAGCUGUCCAGAGCAAGCAGGAAAUAUUCACUGAAGAUGCGGUAAUAGCAGAUGAGGAAGAGGAUCUGGAGGAGGCAAGAAGGAAUGAAAUUCAGAUCAGAAUAUCAACCAAGGUGCAAGACCAAACCAACAGAGUUGGCAUGGGGAUUUUUGCAUCUACUUUCAACAAUCAGUGGGUGGCUGCCUGGGCACUUAUUGACAGAAAAACAGUGAAUCAGAUGCAGUCUACUGCAGAAGCUGUGAAAAUGGCCAUUAUAAAGGCUAGACACCAGCAAUGGAAGGAAAUUGUUGUCCACAUCCCCUGCCCCCAGCUAUUGAAGAUGAUAAAGGAAAGGAUGGCAAAGGACAUCAAAAUGGCUACUUUGAUAGACGAUAUUAACGACCUCAGGUCUUUAUUUCAGAAAUGUUCUUUUUGCUUAGAUAGGAGCUUAGAUUCUAGAUGUGAAGUGAUUAGUGAUUAUGCUUUAGGCAUAUUUCAAGAUGAGGAAUGGAUUAAUCCUCAGUGUGUCUAA